CUCCGCGAACCCGGCGAGCGCAGCGCGGGCGGCGCCUGGCUGGCCGCCGCCUCCCCGUUGGCGUACGCGCAGCCCGGUCUUUGUCCGCCGGCCCCGCGGCCGCCCGCGCUUUGUUCCCGGCGCCCGUCCCCCGGCCGGCCGGGGCGCGCCGCCGAACAGCCCCCAGCACGGCGCUGGCGUCGUCCUCGUCCCCCUCGCCGCCCCCCGCGCGCGGCCGGGCCUUGCCCCCCAUGGUCUCCCGGCCGGAGCCGGAGAGCGAGGCCAUGGACGCGGAGCUGGUGGUGACGCCUCCGGGCUGUUCGCACCUGAGCAGCUUCAAGGUGGACAACUGGAAGCAGAACCUGCGGGCCAUCUACCAGUGCUUCGUGUGGAGCGGCACAGCGGAGGCCCGCAAGCGCAAGGCGAAGUCGUGUGUUUGUCACGUCUGUGGCGUCCACCUGAACAGGCUCCACUCCUGCCUGCACUGUGUCUUCUUUGGUUGUUUCACAAAGAAACAUAUUCACGAGCAUGCGAAGUCCAAGCGGCACAACCUGGCCAUAGAUCUCAUGUAUGGCGGGAUCUACUGCUUUUUGUGUCAGGACUACAUAUAUGACAAAGACAUGGAAAUCAUUGCCAAAGAGGAACAGCGCAAAGCUUGGAAACUGCAAGGCGUUGGGGAGAAGUUCUCAACUUGGGAACCAACCAAACGGGAGCUCGAACUGCUGAAACACAACCCGAAGAGGCGAAAGAUCACCUCUAACUGCACCAUAGGUCUGCGGGGGCUCAUCAACCUUGGAAACACGUGCUUCAUGAACUGCAUCGUCCAGGCUCUCACCCACACGCCGCUUCUGCGGGACUUCUUCCUGUCCGACAGGCACAGGUGUGAGAUGCAGAGCCCCAGCUCGUGUCUGGUCUGCGAGAUGUCCUCACUCUUUCAGGAGUUUUACUCUGGGCACCGGUCCCCCCACAUCCCGUACAAGCUGCUGCACCUGGUGUGGACUCACGCCCGGCACCUGGCGGGGUACGAGCAGCAGGACGCCCAUGAAUUCCUCAUCGCGGCGUUGGACGUCCUGCACCGGCACUGCAAAGGUGAUGACAACGGGAAGAAGGCCAACAACCCCAACCAUUGCAACUGCAUCAUAGACCAGAUCUUCACCGGCGGGCUGCAGUCCGACGUCACCUGCCAAGACUGCCAUGGCGUCUCCACCACAAUAGACCCCUUCUGGGACAUCAGCUUAGACCUGCCCGGCUCGUCCACCCCAUUCUGGCCCCUGAGCCCCGGCAGCGAGGGCAGUGUGGUGAAUGGGGAAAGCCAUGUAGCGGGAACCACUACACUCACGGACUGCUUGCGGAGAUUUACCAGACCAGAGCACUUAGGAAGCAGUGCCAAGAUCAAAUGUAGUGGUUGCCAUAGCUACCAGGAGUCCACUAAACAGCUCACCAUGAAGAAACUACCUAUCGUAGCCUGUUUUCAUCUCAAACGAUUUGAACACUCGGCCAAACUGAGGAGGAAGAUCACCACAUACGUGUCCUUUCCCCUGGAACUGGACAUGACCCCCUUCAUGGCGUCCAGCAAAGAGAGUAGGAUGAACGGCCAGUACCAGCAGCCAACAGAUAGUCUCAACAAUGACAAUAAGUACUCUCUGUUUGCGGUAGUUAACCACCAAGGGACCUUGGAGAGCGGCCACUACACCAGCUUCAUCCGGCAGCACAAGGACCAGUGGUUCAAAUGUGACGACGCCAUCAUCACCAAGGCCAGCAUCGAGGACGUGCUGGACAGCGAGGGGUACCUGCUGUUCUACCACAAACAGUUCCUAGAAUACGAGUAGCCUUAUCUGCAGCCGGACAGGAGACACGAAGGCGAGAGUUGGCCGAGCCUCACGGAAUGAUCCCCAACCUCCCCGACUUUGUGACGCCACCUCCCCCAUGGAAGUGCCCCCGACAGCACCGGCUUCCCCCGCAGCCCAGGCCUGUUAGUGGCCUGGGUGGGUGCCCGGGGUCGCGGUGUUGGGGGGGUCACACUCGGGAGGAGGCCCGGGGACCUCGCCAAGGGAGAAUUUAAAGGCCGCAUGCUCCGCGUGGGCAGGGGCAGAGUGGACGCGUCGCCCGCGUGUCUCCUGUGCUCCUCAAGAAAGUGCGGGGGGCCAGGGUGGGGGGCUAUUUUUAAAUCGUGGGUCCAUUGAAGCAGGAAAGUGGAGGAGCCAAAGACACUGCGUAAGGACAAAGGACUUCGCGAGUACUUUUCUCUCUGAGCUUAGGAUUGAGUAUAUAUAGGGGGCACUCUUAGCCGCCCUCUUGUCAGCAGACACAAAGAACCCCCCCAGAGCCUGUGGAACCGGAGACGCUAACUGGGGUUUCCAGGCACGUCUGUUCCGCAGAUAACUUAGCAUCAAACUGCAUGUGGAAGAGUCAGCCCAGGUGUUCUCUCUUGGUUUUUUGUUCUUUCGUUUUUUUUAGAAAUAGGCAUUUUCUUAUCCCCCCUCCCCUUUUCUCUCUUUUUCCACAGUGGUGACUUUCAUAAACGUAAUGGUAGUAACGUGAAUGAAUUACUGAAUUUAUACUGAAGUUUAGGUCGUUUUCCUUCAUUCUUUCGAGAGUGAAUCUUGCUUCUGAAUUGGUGCCGAUUUUGUUGCUUCCCCUCCGCCCUUCCCUCUGGAAGUGUCCGUAUCUUGGUCUUAACCAGCGGAUGCAGCAGAGGAGAAUCAGGCUGUAGCUAAUAAGUGUCUCUGUCAGAUUAAUCUUUUGAGUAAAUGAAGUGUUCUCAGUGGUUUCAUCGUUUCCCUUCCUCAUACUUUCUAUCCUGCUGCUGCUUGGCGGCUCCCGUGUGGGGCUCAAGCGGGAGCGACCCCAGUGGGGCCUGCCUUCCUGGCCCAGCGCCUCUGCUUUACAUUUGGUGUAGUUUGAAUUGUAGUAGGAAAACAGCUUCGUGACGGAGCUGGUGGGGAGAGGGAGGAGCCGCUUGAGGAGAUGGAAACACUUCGCAUUGUUCCUUGUAAGAUACCUUGCAUGCACCUGUCCAAACCCAAGUUUAGAUUGUCUGUUUCUGAGAACUUACCAACCAAGAGGUGUGGGGCAGGGAACGGUGCUCUUGUAUAGUCUGUGAAACAAGCAGUCCUUGUCCCGGAGCCCGGUCUGCAUCGAAGUGUGGAAUGUUCUUGCCUGGAGAGGAGGAGAGUCCUGUUUCAGACUCAGCACACUUUUUGUGUAAGGAGCCAGGAAGCACAUACUGCAGGCUUUGUGGGCCGAGUGGCCUCUGCCUCAGAUAAUCCAUAGACAGAUGAGUGUGGCUGCAUUCCAGUGAGACUUUUCACAGAUGCCGAAAUUUGACAGUUUUCACAUGUCAUGCGGGUUUUUUUCCACUAUAUAAAAACGUACAAACUUUCCUUAGUUGGGAGGCCACGUGGAGACGGUCCAUGGACCACAUCUAGCUAAUUAGCUGGUCAGUUUAGGAGGUGGUAGCAACAGCAGGAGUUGAGUAGUUAUUGCUCAGCGUGGAAGGAGCUAGAAUACGUGAAACAGCAAGCAUGUGCUGCAGCAGCGUCAUUUAUGGCAAAAUCCUUAGGGAUACAGUUUUUAAAAGCACCUGCUCAGUUCAUUCUCAUUUUAGGAAUAAGUCUUCUAAGAUAGCAGGCAUCAUCAGAAAUACAGAUGGGUGCAGAUUUCUGGAAGUGGCCCCACGUGCUGAGUCGUGUGUGUGUGAGUGAGAGAGAGUGGGAGGGGUGCUGUGUUGUGAAGACUUCUGGCGAGAGCCGCUGCAUGUUGAUAAGGCAGGCGAGCCAGCCCACCCGGCCUGCAGACUGCUGAGCCAUGUGCUUUGCCACCUUGCAGCCUAGCCCCCCUGGGCCGCCCUGGGUUUCCCGGCGGGUUCCCUGUGAUCUGGCCAGCCCUGCUUCCCACAUCUGUCUCUGCUCGUGUUCAGGAGCUCGGCUGCUCUAAGAACAGGACUGGGACGCCUGGGUGGCUCAGCCGGUUAAGCGUCCGACUUCGGCUCAGGUCAUGAUCACACGGUUCGUGGGUUC